AUGGCAACAAUGGACGGCCCCGUUUCCAACAAUUGGGAAGAACAAGCGUCGUUUGAGAUGUCAGCACAGGAGCCACUCCAGGUAUUUCAUCAAGCGGAGCGUUGGAACCAUCCCCGGUCCAACAUACUCAAAACAUUGGCCACUUACUGGAGCUUUCUGGUUAUGGGCAUGAAUGACGCUGCGUAUGGCCUGGAAUCUCACUACAAUUUAUCCUACACGGUUGUGUCACUUGUGUUCUUCUCACCACUGGGUGGAUAUACUCUGGCUGCUUGCCUAAACAAUAGAAUUCACGCCAAGCUUGGCCGUCGUGGCAUUGCAUGGUUGGCUCCUGGAUGCCAUCUCAUUGCGUAUAUAAUCAACUGUCUGCAUCCUCCAUAUCCAGUCUUGGUUGUGUCAUUCAUCUUCGCGGGCUUCGGUAAUGGGCUUGGCGAUGCCGCGUGGAAUGCGUGGCUUGGGAACAUGGUCAAUGCAAACCAGCUUCUUGGACUACUACACGGUUUCUACGGUGCUGGCGGAGUAUUAAGUCCUUUGAUAGCCACUUCCUUGAUUACCAAAGCCCAUCUGGAAUGGUACUACUUCUAUUAUAUCAUGAUUGGCUGCGCGGCGCUUGAAUUUGCCUUCCUACUCACCGUUUUCUGGGAUUCUCCCGGUCCCUCUGUCGAGGACGCUCGUGCCAAUGAAAGCAAGGGUGGUCUCCGUCAAGUUCUCUUUAAGAAGACGUAUGCCCGGGUAACUUGGCUGUGUGCCUUUUUCCUUCUCGGCUAUGUAGGAAUUGAAGUUGCACUCGGCGGAUGGAUCGUAACAUUCAUGAUGCAAAUCCGCAACGGAGAAGCAUUUGCCAGCGGUAUGACGGCUACUGGAUUUUGGCUAGGACUAACCGUAGGCCGGGUAGUACUGGGCUUCGUGACGCCGCGAAUAGGGGAGAAGGUCUCUAUCGUAGUAUACUCCCUACUCGCUAUUGGGCUGGGACUAGUUCUCUGGCUCGUGCCUAAUUUUUAUGCUUCGGCGGUGGCAGUCGCCCUGCAAGGCUUUUUUCUCGGCCCAUUUUUCCCUGCUGUCGUGGUCGUAGCUACCAAGCUUCUCCCCAAGUCGCAGCAUGUUAGUGCCAUUGGGUUUGCGGCUGCUUUUGGUGGAGGAGGUGCAGCUGUCCUACCGUUCGUUGUCGGUGCCAUUGCACAGGCACGGGGAGUCGAGGUUCUCCAGCCUUUCAUCCUUGGCUUGUCCGGUGGUAUCCUCUUGCUGUGGUUGGGACUGCCGCGGAUGCCAAAGAAGGGAGAGGAAAGCCGUCCCAGUGCUUGACUAUUGCCUGUCUGGGACACUAACACCUGGCCACGGAGAUUCCCGAUGCAGCCGGAGCUAGUGUACUUAUGCAGUCCAACCGGGUAAAUGGGCCAGUCAGUUAACUAUCGUUUGCAUGCCAUGUCACAUAUCGAGAAAGUCUCCACAAUCACUCGAUCUCCCGGAUCGAUUCAGUUUCAUUGGCACAUCUUGGCAUUCACCCUGUAGUCCCGAUGCUCCUGUACCUCCGACUGCCAUUACGCGCAUCUCUAUAUCGACUGCAAGUGACCCGAUUUUAGGUCCAAGAUGGCUACUCGGUAGAUUGACAGUAAUUGACACGUUCUACCUCUCAACUAAGCCAAUCCUUACCGCGACGGUGACAAGGCCUGCAGGGAAGUCUUGUCUUGCUCUCGCAAAACAUCAUUGGCCAUGGAAAUACCCCUUUGCUCGGCAACAAAAGUACGUGGAGCGCCACCCUCACAAAUCGGACUCUGCCACCUUCUGCACUCCGAGUCACGUUCGGCAAUCUUUCUGCUGUCACCCGCUUCGGCGACGUCUGUAUAACCUCACUGGUGUAGGUCCUGGGUCCCGUUCCCAUUGGCCGGGUUAAUGUAAAUACGAGGCAGCCCUUGUUGACUAUGGUAAAUAUACUAAUUUGGGGCAGGUUUCUUUGGUCUUGAUGUGUUGUGUUUUGGUAGGGUCCUAAUACGUAGGGGCUCGAUGACGCUGCCGAGAA